AUGGCAAGAAUCCUUAACUUCCACAAAUUUGGGCAUCUCGAGGACCAUCCCAAUUGCACCGUACGCUUGCAUGGACGCUUGGUUCAGGAGACCGAGGAGCAUCGAGUUACCAAGGAAUUGCUGCGGGAGGUAAGUUUAUGAAGACCAAAAAGUCUGGUUUUUGUAGAGAGGCUUCGUUUUAUGGAGCUUUUUUAUCCUGGACUUGAGUUUUUAGAGCUCUGGCGUUGUUCGUUAUAGAGAGAUUUUCUUAUGCGAGGUCGUUAUGCAGAGUUUUUCCACUGUAAUUUUAAUACAGUGAAGGACCCGAUACGGCAGCCAAAAACGUACCAUUUUGCAUCCGGGAAGCAUCAAAAAUGUGGCAAAAUGCUUCCUUCUCCAAGUGAAAAAAAUCCGUUUUGAAGGGAGCGCCCUUUUUCCCUCAGAAAAAGAGCUAGCGCGCUUUUGAAAUCGAAGUUUUUCCACUUGAACAGGGAGCCAUUUUGCCACAUUUUUGAUACUUCCCGGAUGCUCAAUGGUACGUUUUUUCCCACUGGAUUCCCUACUGUAAACCUUCUUCUUUCAGGCGUUGGAGAAGAUCGAGAGUCUCCAGAAUCAGAUCCUGGAAGAGCGUCGUCGUUCCACGGCGCUGGACCAACUCGUUUCCCUCCUCCAACGCCCCCACCCAUCGUUGAUCGAGGCCCGACAACAGUCCGUGCGAGGGGAGAAAGGCCGCGCGAGCAGACGUGGGAAGAGCACGAAGAAAAACUUUCAUUUGAGGCGAUUCCAAUCCAAUUUGCCCUAUCAACAAGUCCGCAGGAAGACGAGGUUUGCUCGGUGAGUAUUUUUGAUGACGUCAUCUUUGAAUAUUAAUUUUUAAAAUUACUCAUAGAGGGCUAAAAAUAUAGAAGUCAAAGUUAAAAGGUGCCUCCCAUAACCUCAACUGUUCAAAUUUUCAGACAAAAGAAGCUCCGAGCCGCCAUCAUCAACCAUCUGGGCAAAUGGAACCGAAAACUCAGCCGCCAAUCCAUCCUCCAGCUCGAAAUGGAAGUGGGGAGAGUGCUCACCAGAAACUACAAUUUCCGCAGCGGAGAAUACUAA